GAUCACGCGAUUGGACGGUGGCUUAAAAGGGCCGACUGCACUGCGGCUGCAACACAGUGAGCACGAUGAGCCGCCAACCGCUGGGAAUUCUCCUGGUGGCGCUGAGUCUGGCCCAGAUCGCGGCCAGGCCUGAGCCGCAGAAUCCGUUCGAGAGCCUGAGCCUGGGCGCCAUGAGUCUGGCCGGGAACAUAGCGGAGGCCGUUCAGAGCGGGGCGGCCAUGAACAAGGACCUCAACAUCGACAAUCCCCUAGUGUCCGUGCACUCGAAGACGGCCGUGGGCUACGGGGAUGCCAUCCGCCCGAUGGCGCCCGACUCGUCCGAGGAGAACCGUCGAAGGAGGCGGAGGAGGAGGAGGAGCCUGCUCCGCCACAAGCGAGCGCCGUGCUUCUGGAAGAUGGGCACCGCCGCCACCACAGCUGCGUCCGCCGACGAUGAUGUGGAGGCCAGGCGAAAACGGGCCAGGAAGCGGGCCGCCAACAACGCCUCGCGGUCCCGCGUGAGUCCCAAGACCACUGGCAAGAAGAAAAUCCAGCGCCGGCGGCGCCAGGCGCCAACGGACCUGGAAAUGGCACCCAACAUGGGCGGAACGGAUCCCUUGGCCCUGGGCGAUAGGAUCAAGACCAUGUGGCUAUCGUUCGUGGACAACGUCACGGAUGUGGUGCAGCAGGUGCGCCAGAAAAUCUCCGACACGGCCAGCUCUACGGGCUAAAGAUUCCCCAUCAAGUGUAUUUUUUUUUUUUGUUUAUUAAUAAGUGCAAUAAAAGCAAAUGGAAAC